AUGACCGACGAGACGUUCAAGGAGCAUGAGAUCGGAUUGGUCAACAAACGCUUGGAGAAACUGAAGAAUUUAGGUCAAGAAACGUCGCGUUUUUGGACUCAUAAUACGAGUGAGGUCUUUGACUUUGAGCAAGCCUAUCACGACGUCGAAAACAUCGAACCACUUACGAAGAAAGACAUACUCGAAUUUUUCAACCAGUACAUCCAUCCCUCUUCUUCAACUCGCGCGAAACUGUCUAUACAUCUUAUUGCACGGGCAUCUACUGGAACGUCUGCAGCAGCAGGAGACUGUGCCGCCGCCGCAGAGAAUCCUGACGCUUCAGUGUUGCGUGAAAAUCAAGACCUUGUAGCAGUCAAUGGACAUGAGCCUUCAGUGUCCAACACGAGAAUUCCCGUCAAGGUUGAAAAUGUAAAAGAAUGGAAGGCAAGUCUGCACCUUUCGGCGGCUGCAACACCAGUGAGGGGUCUAACCGAAUUCGCGGAGUUUGGAUCGAAGUCAUGA